AGCGACAGCCGUGUGGGAGGGAGAAAGGAAGGGGAUGUUCCGGGGGCAUCAUGGCCCCUGCCAUGCAGCCGGCCGAGAUCCAGUUUGCCCAGAGACUGGCAUCGAACGAGAAGCUUAUUCGGGAUCGAGCGGCAAAGAAACUGCGCCAGUACAUUAGCGUGAAAACUCAGAGAGUGACAGGUGGUUUCAGUCAAGAAGAACUAUUAAAAAUAUGGAAAGGACUUUUUUAUUGCAUGUGGAUGCAAGAUGAAUCUCUCCUGCAGGAGGAAUUAGCUGAUACCAUUUCCCAACUCAUCCAUGUUAUUAACAACUUGGAGGCUCAACACCUAUUCAUCCAGACCUUUUGGAAAACCAUGAAUCGGGAAUGGAAAGGAAUAGAUCAGCAACGUCUAAACAAAUAUUAUAUGCUAAUUCGUUUGGUCCUGAGGCAGUCCUUUGAAGUAUUGAAGAGAAAUGGUUGGGAUGAAAGCCGGAUCAAGCUUUUUCUGGAUGUCUUGAUGAAGGAAAUUCUGCACCCUGAGAGUAAUUCUCCUAAUGGAGUGAAAUUUCAUUUCAUUGACAUCUACCUAGAUGAACUAGCAAAAGUAGGAGCGAAAGAGCUUGUGGCAGAUCAGAAUCUCAAGUUUAUUGAUCCAUUCUGCAAGAUUGCAGCUAAAACUAAGGACCAUACCUUGGUACAAACGAUAGCUAGAGGAAUCUUUGAAGUCAUUGUAGAUCAGUCCCCCUUUGCCCCUGAAGAUUUAAUGGAGGAACAGAAAACUAAUGGUGACAGUGAGUUGUCUGAGGAAGAAGAAUCGGAUAAUGAGUUGACAUCUAAAAAAGUAGUCAUUAAAAAGAAACCAGAGGUAGACAAAUAUUCAACAAAAAAAGAUGGAUGGAAUGUUGAAGAGGAAAAGGAUGAUGAUGGGACCUCCGAAGAUACGGGUCUGCUUCUCCAGUUUGACUAUAAAGCUGUUGCUGACCGACUCCUAGAAGUGACCAGCAGAAAAAACACACCACCCUUCAACAGGAGACGUCUCUCUAAACUAGUCAAAAAAUUUCAGGAUUUAUCUGAAGGCAUUUUCCCUCAAAUCAGUUUCCCUGAAGACAUUUCUACAGAUGAAGAUGACCACACCCUUACUCGGGGAAGGCGUAAGAAAAAAAGAAAUAAACUUACAGAGAAACCCAAAUUAGAGAAAGAAAAAGGGCAAUGCAAACCAAAGAAAUUCAAUGCAGCUGAAGAAGAAAGUGAAUGCAAUCUUCAAAAGAGAAAACGAAGAAAGAAAAAAAAAAAUAAUUCCCAUCCUGAAAACUCAGGCUCUGGUGAUACUUUCAUUCCUCCUGAACCAAAUGGGAACAGUGAACCAGAGCCAUGUAAGAAAAAAGACCCCAAAAAAGGUACCCCCGAGAAUGAAAUAGAUACACCCUUUGGUGUAGCUGAGGAAAGUGGGGUGGAGCAUCCCCCAACUGCCAAUGCACAAAACAAAAGGAAACGGCCAAGAAAGAAAAGCUUAAAGGUCCUUGAGGAAGUGGCAGAGAUGGGGAUACCACCUGCUGAGACUGCUGUUCAAAAUGGCCCAGGAAGCAGUGCUUCCCAGGAGCCCAUCAAUAGCAGUCCCCCAGCAGGUGGGGUCAAAAUUGUGAAAAAGAAACGGAAACUUGGGGCUCUAACAGUCAGUAGUAAUGGCUUAUCCCCAUUGGUGGCAAUUCGGCCAGAGAAGGAAGGCUUGCUUGAUAGUCCAGCUGCAGAAGGGGAUUGCACAGCCCUCCUGACUCAGAGUGUCAAGCUAAAGAAAAAAAAGGGGAAGCUGGAUAGCCUUGAACCGGUUGGCUUGCCCAACCAGAAGGUUGCCUUUCUGAAAAAGAGGAAGAAAAUCAAGGAGGUAUUAAACUUGGUGGAAACUAAUGGAGCCCUGGAGGCUGAGCUGAAGAAAAUCCAGUCUACGGGAAGCAGUGCAGCUUUUAGUCCACUGAAGAAAAAGAAGCUAAAGACUGAAAACGACUUUGUGAAAUUUGAAAAUACAACCUUACCUAAGCCCUUGUUCUUUAGAAAAUCCAAAAGCAGCGUUAAUAUCUCUUCCCCUAGCCCCACCAUUCAGUUAAACAAGCAACCAUCAUCCAGCUCCAAAAAGGUCACUUUUGGGUUGAACAAAAACAUGACUGCAGAAUUCAAGAAGACUGACAAAAGUAUCUUGGUAAGUCCAACAGGACCUUCUCGAGUUGCUUUUAAUCCUGAACAGAAGCCUCUCCAUGGAGUGCUGAAGACACCUACGAGUUCACCCCCAGAAACUCCCCUUGUGACUAAGAAAUUGCUUAUUGCACCUCCAAAGAGAAGACCAACUGCUAUGGACUUCUUUUGAGCAUAGCAAGAUUCUUUUCUCUUUCAGGACUGCUUUUUGUACAGAAUAUUCUGUAAAUUAUAACUUUGGAAAUUUUUGGCCUUUUUAUCAUUAUUAUUAUUUUAUAAAUUCCUAUAAAUUGUAUAUAAAAUGUUCUGGUUGUGAUCUGUGACACUGCUACUUCACCAUCCCUUCAAUCUAAGGCCAUGGAGAUGCUUUGUAUAAUAUAUUCUUGCAUUUGGAUUAUAAUUGGUCUUUGCUUGAAUCCUUGGGAAAUUAUUCCCUUUCUUUAGUGUCUUCAACAAGAGCUAUUCGUGAAGGAACUCAGACUUUUUCUAUUCUGUCUUUUUCUUAAGGUAUAAAAUAAAAUCUACUGGCCAGUUGCUGGUUUAUAUGAAGCUUUGCUACUAUUGUUGUAUGUGUUGUGGUAGCUGAUUGUUUUCUGGUUAUUUGUAGUCUUAAUGAGCUCUAUGUAAUUGGCUUUAAGGGGAAAAAAUACCGUGUGGUAUUGUUAUCCUCAAAUAACCUUUAGAUGUUUGGUAGUUUUUUCUGGUAGAACAUAAUUUCUUUCAUAUUGGUGGAUUAGCACUACCAUAGUUUGUGUGAUCAGCCAGUUUAAUAUAGACAAAAUAUCAUUUCAGUCCUGUUCGUUGUUUUCUUCUGUCUACUAAAACUGCACUAUUUCCCUACUUGCUAGGCAAGUGCCAAGGGCAAUCCUCAAAAUAACCCUACCUGCUGAGCUUCGUGAAAAAACUAAUUUACUGAUGUCUUCUGCAUUCUUACAUGGAAAUCUGUUUCACUCUUUGUUUGGUUGCAUGGUUUUUAUUAAUUGACUAUUUGAACCAAGGUCUCAUGAACCUUGAAGUGGUUUUUCUGUAUUACAACAAGACAGUGUCUCACUCUCUUAGAAUACCAAUUUCCCAGAUGCACAAAACAAGAAGCCUAUGAAGAUUCUGUUUGAGGACAUUGAUUUUUUACUGUAUUUAAGAUAUGACCCAAAAUUGUAAUUAUCUAUUGUUUUAUGUGGUGUUUUUUUUUUUUUCCUGGAAUUUAAACAUUUAGGAUUUUAAAGUUGCCCCAUUUCAAUUAGCCACCAAGAAUUAAAUUUGAUUUCAUUUGUCCAGAUUGCAUUUUUUUAAAAGCAGGAUUGUGAUAUUCUAUUGAUAAUUCAGUUUUUUAUGAAGGAAAAUAUAUCUCUGCCUUUCAACUGAACAUGUAAUGAGAGAAUAGAUUCAAAACACUUCAAAUCUUCAUAAUAGGAUUUAGGAGUCAAGGGAGAAGAAAAAUAUCAAGGGCCCUUCUUUUUGGUUUCUUCUAUUUAAAAAAAAACAACAACUUCAUGUUUGUUAGGCAACAGCAGACAUUGAAAUUUCAAAUAUAUUAUAUGUAUUUUCAUUAUGCUUCAUUGUCAGAACUUAAGAGAAACUUAAGCUUGUCUAGGAGGCCCAAGAAUAUUGAAUUUCCACAUUAAUCCUAAGCUCUUCCAUGACUAUACCUUAUACUCGAUGGUUGAGUCACAAAGGAUGCUUGAUAUUAUACUACAGUGAUAGGAAUAGCUUUUGAGAAUGACAAAAAUUUUAGAAAUCUGAUGAGCUGCUCAAUUAGAUUGAGUAACUACAGUUAUAUUUCCUUCCUUUUUUUUUGUUGAUUCACAUAAUCAGUGAAGAAGCUUUAACCACAAAAAUUAUAACUGAACCAACUUGUCUAUGUCUAUAAGUUAACUGAUAGAAGUGAUGAUAUGAUUUCUUAACAUUUUUUAAACUUUGGUGAUUUUUACUUUGCCUGAUUGCAUAGAUUUAUCAUAAUUAAGCCAUGGAAGAAAGAACUAGUUGAUGGUUGUACUCUUUCUAUUGUUUCUUGUGGUAACAAUUUUCUUUUGUUACUACAUAUAGAUUAAUAGCUUUUGUUGUAAAAAAAUGCAUGUUUUUUAAAACAUAUAUUCUAUAAUGCAUUUGGUUGCUGUAUUCAAGGGAAAGAUGAGAUAUGGGUAUUCACAAACAAGAUUAGUUUAACUUUUGUUUUUAAAUAAUUUAUAAACUGCUAAUCAUAAAUUGUCUUUUUAAAGAAUAUCCAGAUGAUUUUUAUUAAGCACUAAGAUCUUGAAUCUACUACCAGAUAUACUCUUUUUAGCCCCAAAAUACUCCCCCCCCCAAAAAAAAAAAAGGGAAAGAAAAAGAAAAAUAGAAAAGGCAAGAAGUUCUAAAAGAGAAGAAGAAGGCAUUGGUUUUACAGUGACUAGUGAUUUUUUUUUUCCUUCUCAGAAUUGAAGGCUUGAAUUAACAGUGUCAUCUAUCUGCACUGUGGUAUUGUUGUAAUAACUUGUAAAUAUGCCUGUAUCAAAUAUAAAUUGUCUUCUGUCGUAUAUGAAUAUUUUCAAGGGGUAACACUGAAUGCCUUUAGUUUACUGUAUCUUCAGCUGUUUCUGAAUUUUGUUUCAUGUUGUGAGUAAAUUGAAAAAGUUUAUUCUAGGAUUUUUGUUUUUGUUUUGUUAAAUGUGAACCACAAAGGAAGGAGACAAGUACUGUUUACUUGAAUUCCCCUUGUACACCCAAGAAAUGUAUCACCUAAAGAAAAUGUAUUUUGAAAAUCACAGCUUUCUGUUUGAGUAUAUGUUAUUUUUAUAGAGAAAAUUGCCAAGAAUACUUAAAAAGGCCAAAAACAGGAAAUGACUAAUGUUGGUAACCUUGAAUUACAGUUUUUUGUAAAGGGUAGUUAUUUUUCACAGGUCUGGUCAAUUUUGUACAAUUUUGUAUCAGACUCUUCUUAAGAUUUAUAAUCAUUUGUAAUUUCUAACUGGACUGAAAGCACAAAGGGAAGUGUUAACAGGAAAUCUGGCAGAGGUUGGUUUUAAGUGUUGAAAAAGUAUAAAAUUGGAUUUAAUUUUAAUCGUGUGUGUUUCUCUGUAUUUUUAUUAUGCUAGCAAGGAAUAUGUUUCUUUACUGUAAGUUCGUAUUAACAGCUGCUGUAUUAACAGUGUUUGUCAAUGUGGUAUUUCAACUAAGAAAGUCACAUAGCCAAAUCCAAUAAAAAUUAGUCUUUACUCUGA